AUGGAAUGGACACGUCUCACCGAGAAAGGCGCCUUUUUAGAACUCUACCCAUCCGACUUUGGUGACAGAACAAGCACAUGCACGAGACCCAUCCGCCGGAAAAGCCAACGACGGGACAUGGCCAGCGAUGCCGAUACCGAUACCGAAGCCGGAGCGGAAGUCGCCAUCCGCAUCGACUUUAAACACAUCGUCGAGAAGCUGUGUGAAGCAGUGCAUCUGGCUAUUGCUCACGAGAACACGCAGCCUGUCUUCCGCAAACGACUCGAACCAGGCAAGCGCCAAGCUCAAACGACAUCGAAGCCGAAGCCCAACUCCAAGAUCAGGAUCAGAGCCCCCGCCAACAUUCACAGCGAGCUUGUCGGUGCUGAACCGUUGCGACGUUCCAGUCGGUUGGCUUCCCGAACCCGGUUCGAGAACGCUACGAAGCCCUAA